AUUGGGGGGGGUGGAUUUAGCUAGGGUGACGCUUUGCUCAUGUGACUGGAUUGGUGCCCACGUGGGCACCAGCCCCCGCGCCAGCUAGUCCUGAUGCUGCUGCAGAUACCUGUGCCCAAAACCCCGCAUUUGCGCAGCACCAUUUACUUGAGCUGAACUGGUUAUUGUGAGCACCGAGAAGGUGCACAGACCUGUCCUGGGUCUCCUCAGGUCGCAGUUGCUCCCAGCCAGUGCAUUGAGACAUCUGCGAAAGAGGGUCGACCUGCCUGGGAUCCCUGCAGGACAGGAAAAGGAGGGAAACCUUGACAUGGAAGAACUCCGCGGUGAAAAGGAAGGCAAGCUGGAAAAGGAGGGAAAGCCAGAAGAUGAAGUAGAGCCUGAAGAUGAAGAAAAGUCCGAGGAGGAAGAGAAGCCGGACAAGAAAGCAAAGCCAGCAGCACGCCAGGGCAAGCUAGAGGAGGAGGCAAAGCCAGAUGAUCAGGGGCAAGAUGAGGGGAAGGCUGAGAAGCAGGGCAAGUCUGACGGGGAGGGCAAGCGCCAAGGGGUGAGCAAGCCCGAUUCCCAGGCCAAGUCAGCCAGCGAGGAGGCGCGGGCUGCAGAAAAGCGCCCUGCUGAAGAUUAUGUGCCUCGGAAAGCAAAACGGAAAACAAACAGGGGGACAGAUGAUUCUCCCAAGAACUCCCAGGAGGACUUACAGGACAGGCAUGUAAGCAGUGAGGAGAUGAUGAGAGAGUGCGCAGAUAUGACUAGGGCUCAGGAAGAGCUGAGGAAGAGGCAGAAAAUGGGUGGUUUUCACUGGGUGCCAAGAGAUGCACAGGAUGCUUUAGUCCCCAGGGGCCAGCGGGGAGUCAGGGGGAUGAGGGGCGGUGGAGGUAGGAGCCAGAGGGGCUUACACGACAUCCCAUACCUUUAAUGCCCUUGGCCUUCGAUUCUCACCUCUCUGAGGAGAAAGAACACUGCUGGCCCUGCUUUCCCUGGUAGAUACUUACCAGGCCUGUGCUUUAACAUUCAGCCGAAACUCUGCUUUAGGUGUCAGUGUCUUUACCAGCAGCCUUCUGACCCAACUACAGUGCUCUCCGUCUUUUAGUACAGGAUUUUCACCCAUGUGCAUGAAAAAUAUGUUCAUGGUACAUUGUAAAAAUGAAUAAACAAAACAGUUUG